UAAUGGUCUCCAAAGCUGGCGUGUGGUUGCCAUCUCUGGGUCGGUAACGCGUUCCUCCAGGUUCCAGUGCGGUGGGAUCCGGAGCGAGGAAGCCAUCAGCGGAAAGGGCGCAGACCGGCGGUGCGAGCGAUUAACCGGGACCCUCGUUUAUGGAAGAGGCGGCGAGCCCCCCUCUCGCCGGGAGCCAUGCUGGGGAAGGACUACAUGCUCGCCAUCAUCAUUGUCAACUGCGAGGACAACUUGUGGAAUGACCAGUCCCUGGAGAUGGACCAUGACCUGCCUCCGGGCUGGAGAACCAUCCGAGACUCCAGUGGGACCUACUAUUGGCAUGUGCCAACGGGCACUACCCAGUGGCAGCACCCAGCCUGUGGUCCGGAUGUUGGCCUGGCCUCUGGCAAACUUCCGCCCGUGGUGCUGCCUGCCCUGGGGAAUGAGGCUGCUGAUCUGGGUCCCGUCGCUGUUCAUCGCACAACCAGAGGUGGGAAGUUCGAGAGCAACCUGCCAGAAUCUUCUUCACUUCAUCUCAGGGAUGAGGUACCUUGGCAAGACGGCAACUUUGAUCUUCAGAGAAGCUCAGAGUCAAAGUGCUUUGCCGUGCAGUCUCUGGGCUGGGUGGAGAUUCCGGAGGAGGACCUGACUCCCGGGAAGAGCAGCAUCGCCGUGAACAACUGCAUCCAACAGCUGUCCUACAGCAAGUCCGAGGAAAGGCAAACGGGAUUGUCCUGGGGAGAGGGUCAGGACAUGGUGUUGGUCCUCAGGAAGGAUACUCUCAGCUUGGUGGAUCCCAUCGACCACAGUCUGAUCCAUUCCCAGCCCAUAAUCAACAUCCGUGUGUGGGGUGUUGGCUGUAACCAUGGCAGAGACUUUGCCUACGUGGCCAGCGACAAGGACACCUGCAUGUUGAAGUGCCACGUCUUCCACUGCAACACACCAGCCAAGGCCAUCGCCUCGGCCCUACACCAGCUGUGCUCCCAGAUCAUGGCAAAACAUACGAUGAACAACGACUCUGCAAAGGUCCCAGGAGUGGAGGAAGAUUUGUGUCAGGAUGACCUGCCUCUAAAAGUGGAUCUCCUGGAGGCUGUGAGACAGUCGACACAGACAUUUCGGGUGCAGUAUGUUGGAUUCCUGCCUGUGGCCACCUCGAGAGGGAUGUCGCUGGUUAACGAGGUGAUCCAGAGUCUGUUAGAUUCCUCGGAUCAGGAGGCGUGGCCGUCUGUAAUGCUCCGGGUCACUGACACCACGCUGUCCGUCUCUAAGGGAGAGGAGAGGGAAGAUCCGUGGUGGGAAUGCCGUGUCCGGUACCUGACCUUCCUGGGAGUGGGGAAGGACCCCCACACCUUCGGCCUCGUGGUGGAUACCAGUCAACAGUGCUUUGAGUGCCACGUCUUCUGGUGCGAGCCAGAUGCUGGUUGUGUCUCCGAGGCAGUUCAGGCUGCCUGCAUGCUGCAGUAUCAGAAGUGUCUGGUGGCUGCUGCUCCACUAGCUGGUUCGAGGGGAGCCCUCGGGACAGAGAGCACCACCGCGGGCCUGAAGAAAAGCACUGCUCCGCCCCUGCCGCUCGGCAUCACAGAGACAGAGGCCGGAGCCCUGGUCCCCACCCCCAAGCUGUCAGCAGCCUCAAACCUGAAGCGGGGCUUGCUGACGCUGAUCGACACGUUCCGGCAAAAGCCAUCCGUGCUGCAGAUGCCAUAGUAUUUGGGGAGGGGGGAGGCGAGGGAACGGUAGAGGAAGGGAGCACCAGGGGUUGCUCGCUGGAGAUGCUCCCUCGCAGCUCCCGACACCCUGGUUCAAUCCUGACCGUCUGUCGGUGGAGUUUGCACGUUCUCCCUGUGACCACGUGGGUUUUCUCCCCGGACGCUCCAGUUUCUUCCCAACAUAGAACAGUACAGGCCCUUCAACCUGCAAUGUUGUGCCAGCUCUUUUACCUACUCUACGAUCAAUCUAACCCUUCCCUCUCACACACUCCUCCAUUUUUCUUUCAUCCAUGUGCCCAUCUAAAAGUCUCUUAAAUGUCCCUAAUAUAUCUGCCUCGGCCACACCCCUGGCAGAGUGUUCCACACACCCACCACUCUCUGUGUAAAAACCUACCUCUGAUAUCCCCCUAUACUUUCCUCCAAUCACCUUAAGAUAAUGCCCCCUUGUAUUAGCCAUUUCCAACCUGGGAAAAAGUCUCUGGCUGUCCACUCAAUCUAUGCCUUUUAUCACGUACAGCUCUCUCAAGUCUUCCUUUGUUCCAAACCGAAAAUCCCGAGCUCACUCAAAACUGUCCUCAUAGGACAUGCUCUCUAAUCCAGGCAGCAUCCUGGUGAAUCUCCUCUGCACCCUCUCUAAUCCAGCAGCAUCCUGGUGAAUCUCCUCUGCACCCUCUCUAAUCCAGGCCGCAUCCUGGUAAAUCUCCUCUGCACCCUCUCGAAAGCUUCCACAUCCUUCCUAUAAUGAGGUGACCAGAACUGAACACAGUAUUCCAGGUGUGGCCUAACCAGGGUUUUAUGGAGCUGUAAGAUUACCUUGUGGCUCUCGAACUCAAUCCCCUAAUUUGGCCAAUGCACCAAAGCCUUCUUAACCACCUUAUCCACUUGUGUGACAAUUUUGAAAGAUCUAUGAAUGCAGACCCCAAGGUCCCUCCGUUCCUUCCCACUGCUGAGAAACCUGCCGUUAACCUUGUACUCUGCCUUCAAGUUGGACCUUCCAAAGUGAAUCACGUUACUUUUCUGGAUUGAACUCCAUCUGCCAUUCUCGGCCCAGCUCUACAUCCUGUCAAUGUCCCAUUGUAACCCAUGACAACAACCUAUACCAUCCACACCACCAGCCUUUGUGUCAUGAAGGGGAAUGGAAAAGUGCAUAACAGGGCAAACUCCAUCUCAUCCCUUGUUCCUCACCUUGCAAUCCUUGGCAAAUCUUCCAUUCCUCCCCCUCCUACAAGCACUUGGGAGCUGCAUGAAGAGCUUGUCUUUACUGCAAGUCCCCAGGCUGUUCUCCUUCCCCUCUGCAGGCCCAUUUUUAAUGGUUUGUGUGCCGGCCCUUUGAAGGUGUCUGUAAUGCCGUUACAUUUAUGCUUUCUCUCUUGGCAGUGAUGUUUAAUCGGCCCAAUCUUUAUUGAAUAAAUUUCUAAAAUAUUAAGACAGUGAGUUGCUUAAUGAAUUCCAAAAGACACAGGAUCAGAAUGAGGCCAUUCAGCCCAUUGAGUCUGCUCCACCAUUCCAUCAUGGCUCAUUUAUUAUCCCUCUCAACCCCGUUCUCCUGCCUUUGCCCCGUAAUCUCUGGUGCCUGGUCUAACCAAGAAUCUAUCAACCUCCACUUUAAAUCUAAUCACUUGGCCUCCGCAGCUGUUCAAGGCAAUUAACUCUACAGAUUCGCCAUCCUCUGACUGAAGAAAUUCUUCCUCAUCACUAUAUUAAUGGACUAUUCUGAGGCUGCUCUCUCUGGUCCUUGAUUCAUUCACUGUGGGAAAUAUCCUCUCCACAUCCACUCUAACUAGGUCUUUCAAUAUUUGAUAGAUUUUCACUGAGAUCCCCCUCAUUUUUCUAAACUUCAGUGAGUACAACCCAGAGCCACUAAACACUCCAAAAAGCAGUCAAGGGAGUUGGCCAUACCAUCAUUCUAUGAAGUCCUCUGACUUCCUUUCCAUCUCCUGCUCCCUUUUGGAGGAGUGGAGUGGUUAGGGGAAAGAUUGCAUGGGACAAACUGUGUAUGGGGUCAAGGCAGGAACUGCUGGAGGAACUGAGCAGGACAGGCAAAAUGGUGGAGGGAAAUGGAUGAUGCAGGGUCUUUCAGGUCAAGACCCUUCAACGGGGCUGGAAGGAGGAAACUUGGCUUGUAUGAAAAGGUUGGGGGUAUGGGGAGGAACAAGAGCUGGUAGCUGAUUGGUGGAGGAUUCAGAUGAGGGAGGGGAGUGAAAGGCAGACUGCCUCCACCUUUUUCAGAUCUUUAGACCAGAGGUGAGGAGAAACUGAUACUAGUUAGUUCCCCUUUUUCUAGUCUAGAUGAAUCAUUCUAUCUAUUUCUCUCUAUAGAUGCUGCCUGACCUGCUGAGAUCCUGAGCGUGUUGUUUCCUUAAGGUUGUUCUAACCAGGGAUUGGGGGGUGGUGGGGAUAAGCCCCCACUACCUAUAAAUGCUCCCAAUGGCACGUGUAACUGUUUCCAUUGACAGCAGAAGAAACAAAGGCAGGUUACUGCUGCCUUAAGAUUAGUUGCUUUGGGCAGAUGGAGCUCAUCAGCUGUGAUUGGUAGCUCACCCAGGGACAGGAAAACUCUGAUCUCAAACCUCUGCUGCCUUGUGGCUAUACCCACUCAUGGAGAAAGCUUCAGAAGUAAACCUCAAAGAAAACUUUAGAGCCGGGGUCCCUAGGGCUGUCCCACGCUGAGUUUAACGCUGACCGGCAACUCCUGCGACACCAGGGUGCAACAUCCAUGGUCGAUCCUGACCAAUGGACAGUCUCAUGUUGUGUUUGAUGCAGGUAAGUUGAGGCUAGCUGAGGUGGGAGAUGAAGUGAGAAGCUGGGAGGUGAUAGGUAAAGGGUUGGAGAAGAAGGAAUUUAAUAGGAGAGGUGAGUGGGCCAUGGAGAAAGGGAAGGAGCACCAGAGGGAGGUGAUGGGCAAGUGGAAAGGAUGAGAACUUUUAACCCUUCCCUCCCACAUAUGGUAACCCUUCAUUUUACUAUCAUCCAUGUGCCCAUCUUAAAUGUGCACCGCCUCAGGCAGGGCAUUGCACCCACCCACCAUUCUCCAAGAUGAAAUGAGAAGCUGGGAGGUGGUAGGUUGGAAAGGUAAGGGGCUGAAGAAGAAGGAAUUUGUUAGGAAAGGAGAGUAGAUUCUGGGAGAAAGGGAAGGAGGAGGGGAACAAAGG